GUCAUGUUCGGGGAGGAUGCGCUUUGAAAUGAGGAUGCAGUGGUGGGCCAGCCAGUGUUGCAAAACCUUCUCGUCAUGAUUCGAUGCUGCUGUUUGCAAGUAGCUGGCGCAGCAGUCCGCGGCGCUGACUGUUGAGUCAACAGCAGCAGCAGGAGGAGACGCAUUCAUUGACGCGCGCACAGUGGGAUGCAAUGACACCGGGACCGGACCGCUCCUUCGACGCCUGACGCCUGCUCAGCCAAGCUUUUUGUCGGCUCGGUUUGUUUUCUCGCCGCGCAGUGCCGUUUUCCAUCUCGCCAUUAGCUGGCCGGCCGCUAACCCUCCUCCAGGCGUCCGAGCGGCCGCGCAAAACAUGUGUUUCGUCGCGGCGGAGACCCCCGGGACCACUCGAGCUUUCCUUCGCGGGACGCGAGUUUCCAGUGGACGCUGACCAAACGCCCACCGACGCCUCCGUGGAGGAGAAAGAGCCGUAAAUCUUCAGGACCAGAUCGCCCGCCCGACUUUUUGCCUAUCCGCCAGACGGCCAGGGACCAUGCUGACCAUCCUCGCUGCCGGUUCUGUAUUCUUCCCGGGCCUCUUCCUUCUCUCCAAGCAGUGCCUCAAGUCCAUUCCGGCGCUGCGAUGGAGCGAAGGAGACGCCGUCAUCGUAUCGGCCAGGUUGGUGUCGUCCAUUCAAGCGGUCAUGGCUUCUUCCGCCGGCUACAUCAUCGCUUCCUCUUGCGAUGACGUAAUCGAGGACCAGCAUUGGCUAACCAGCACGUACAUCAUGUUCGCCGUCCCCUACUUUGUGUACGACAUCUACGCUAUGUUCAUGUGCUACUGGUACAAACUGCGGGUCAAAGGUCACGAGGAGGCGUCGGCCGCCCCCCGCCACAUGGCGUCGGCGCUGACCAGCUACCUGCGCCGCGAGUUCCUAAUGGUGCUGCACCACGUCGUCAUGGUUACAGUCUGCUUUCCCGUUUCUGUGUUUGUGCGCCAAGGAAAGGGAGAUUAUUUCCAGGGCAUCAUGUUCAUGGCUGAGCUCAGUACUCCGUCCGUCUGCUUAGGAAAAAUACUUAUCCAGGGGUGCCCUGCGACUCUUCACGGGCGCCCAAAGACGGCGGCCGGGUGCGGCCACCACCACGGACGGCGGCGUGGCAGCACCCCAGCCGGCCAACGGCUACAGAGCGCCGUCCGCAGAGUCGGACUUGGCCACCCACUGAGAGGAAUUGGGAGGGCGGGGCGGCGGGAGGAGAAUGUACCAAUGUCACGGGGCGGGGAAGGGGCUGGGGAACAAGUAGCAACAUUGCGAAGGGUAAAAAGCCACAGACGAUGUCCUCAAACGGCACCGGAGUCUUUAACAAGAGUGCCAUCGCACUCUGAUGAUGUCAUCGGGCACUGUGACAGAAAGGACUGACCCGAGAGGAUUUAGCCUGGAUGUAGAGCAAGCAUAGGUGACCUUUUCCUUCAAUGUAGAUCAAUCGCGACCCCUCCGGCAGAGCGGGUCCGUAGGAAUGUAUUAUAUUGUAUGUUAGAACUUUCGCUGUAGACCGGUGGCCGAAUUCAAGCAUAGCAACUGCGAUGACAAAAAAAAAAAAAAAACAUCCUGGCUAAAGGAGAAGUUUGGCUUGUUAGUGUUUCCUCUGUAUCCUCUAUGUAGUCACUGUCACUCGAACGUGUAAGAAGCAACCUGCAGAUCAUUUCGUAAGACAAUUCUGCUGCCUUAUCCCCUUUUUCCGCUAUUUGUUGGGUUUUUUGUUUAAUUUUUGAGGAGGCGUUGUACAUAGCUCAUGUAAAGUCCACAUUUCCAUGUCAGUAUUAAGGCGGUGUUGCAUUAUUUUUUUAAUGUGUCAUAUUUUUCAUUCCUCACCUUAGUUGUUUUUCACAAUCGACCGUAGAGUGUAGAUACGACUUCAUUCUGUUUACUUCGUGUCCCAAUUUAGGGUCUUUCCCCAAGUAAACAAAUGCGCUGUUCGCCCACAUCGUUUUUACUACAUUUAUGAUCUGUAAAAAUGAACUUAAUUGUGGAUGAAAUUUGUGAAUCCAUUCAAAAGUGAUGUUUUAUAGCAUCAAGCUAACUAGGACUCGGCAUUAAGAGUUACAUUUUUAACUGAAUUUUGAUGGUUUGGUUCAAAUCUGUAAAAAACGACAGUAAAAUCUCAAGUGAAAUUUGAAAAUAUACAUGUUUAUGUUGUGUUGCCAGUAGAUUUCACCAUUUAAGGUGAUUUCUUGCAACACACAAAGCACCCUGAGGUGCAGCGACGGAUAGUAACGUUGCAACAGACCCUCAAUUGGGACACCGCUAUUGUUAGGGAGGUCAAUGCUUGCUUUUAAAGGAUGAUUUUUUUUUUCUCCUGAACUCAAAUUUCCCUCAUUGACAGUAAUAGAAGUCCAUUCCAUUUGAAUUUGGAUUUGAAAGGUAAAAGAAAAAUCAUAAAUUCAAUAUGUUUUAAGUUUUUACAUCGUUCAAACGACGCCACAGGUUCCAUGAACCUUUGAGCUAACCGGUUGAUUAUGUCUAUGUUUUUAAGCAGCAGCUGCACUCUCCUGGAAAUGGGUCAUGGCUUAAAAGAAAAAGUAUAUAUAUAUAUAUUAAUACAAAAAAAAAAAAAAAAGAAAAACAAAUUAAGAGUGUGUGCCAAAACAUCUGGACUACUAACCAGGCAUGCAGAACACAGAGCAAACCAUUAACCCUGACCCGGACCCCGACGUACUGUAUAUUCCAACAAAAUGCUUGUUAUUUAUUUGUAUUUAUUUAUUUAUUUAUUUAUUUGCUUUGUGGUUCUGAAUGCAUAUUUAUGCAUCCGUUAUUAUGAUAUACUCUGCUUCUGAGCCUUACGUCAAGGCUGUAAUGUCACUCCAAUUUAUCGGAAAUAUACUUCUCUGUCCUGA